GAAGAAGAGUCUCCGGACCAUAGACCGGGAGUCCUCAUGGAGGCUGCAGGAAGUAAUGCCACAGGUUGUAAACAAACUGUGAGCCCAGUUUGAACAGUGUGGUGUCGUCUUGUGUUUGUCGUUUCACUUCUCAGGAGUUUAAACAGGCGGUGAACCACGGUGCAGGAUGGUGCAGCUGCAUGUGAAGCGCGGAGACGAGAGCCAGUUUCUUUUCAGCACCACCGUGGACGCGCCUCUGGAGACGGUGAUCCAGCAAAUUACAGCCAUUUACAACGGGAGACUGAAAGUGGACAGAAUAUGCUCAGAGAUCCCGGAGCUUGCAGACCAUGGCAUCACACUGCCACCUAACAUGCAGGGGCUGACAGAGGAGCAGGUUGUGGAGCUGAAACUGAGAGAUGAAUGGGAAGACAAGUGUGUGCCGAGCGGAGGGCCUGUAUUUAGGAAGGAUGAGAUUGGGAGGAGGAAUGGACAUGCUCCAAAUGAUAAAAUGAAAGAGGUACUGAUGAAAACAAUGGAGGAAGCCAAAGCACUGAUCUCCAAAAAACAAGUUCAGGCUAACGUUUGUGUCACCAUGGAGAUGGUAAAAGAAGCCUUGGAUCAGCUAAGGGGUGCCGUUAUGAUUGUGUACCCCAUGGGACUGCCUCCUCAUGACCCUAUCAGGAUGGAGUUUGAGGACCGGGAAGACCUUUCAGGAACACAGGCAUCUCUGCAGGUGAUCGCAGAGGACGAGUGCCAGCUAUGGUGGGCUGCCAAAGAGAUGCAGAGGGGGAAAAAACUGCAGGACUAUAUCGGCAAAAAUGAAAAGACAAAGCUUGUGGUCAAAAUCCAAAAGAAAGGGCAGGGGGCGCCAGCGAGAGAGCCGCUGGUCACUGAUGAGCAGCAGAAACAGAUGAUGCUGCAUUACCACAGAAGGCAGGAGGAGCUCAAGAAACUGGAGGAGGCAGAUGAUGAUAACUACCUGGACUCAGAGUGGUCAGACAGACAGGCCCUCAAAAAACAGUUUCAAGGCCUCACCAACAUCAAGUGGGGACCGAGAUAAGGACUACUACCACUCUGAUACUCGCUUUGGAGCUGCUGCUCUCACCAGCAGGAGAUGAGGUGGAGCUGAAUAUGUUCGGGUCUGCCUCCCUCAGCAAAGUCUGUGGCACUGUUGGAAUCAAGACAGAGGAUAAUCUUACAGUUGGUGAAUCUACAGUGGACCAUUAAUCAGCACCACUUCCCACGUCCAAACCUCAGAAUAAAACUGGGCCUGCAAUGGAAGUACACUCUCAAAUUAUAAACACUUUCUGUUCAGUUGUGUUGAUAACUGGCCAACAAGGUUAACACACAUUGUUUUGUGAUAGAUGGAGAUUUCUUCAGAGCCAGUCAGAAGAAUCCUUUCACCACCAGGCUAAAGUCACAACUCCAAAUUAUUAUACACCAACAAUGUGGCUGGAUGACCUCACUGGCAUUUGUGCCAGUUGCAGGAAGUUUACCAGGAUGUCAGACUCAACCCGCAAAUCCAAGCUCACAGUCUAUUAUUCCCUGCUACUGUGUUAUUGGGUGUGAUACGAUAAGACAAGCUGAUCAGCAGAUAAGAAUUCACUGUAGGAAACUGCAAACGUUCACUGUUGGAGCCGUCAGAUAAUGAAUAAGGCAAAAACAAAAACAGACAUGACGUGUUCCUCUUUGGAAAACUCUCUCAAAUCUAUCACCCGGCAUGUAAUUAUAUUUUGUGAAUGAGGAAGCACAAAGAGUCCUACCACAAGAAUAGAUCACGCUGAGGUACUUCCUGGUUCCUGGAAAGCAGGGGUCCCUAAAGGUCUGGUUGCUGACGGCAACAACACACUUCUGUUUGCUGUAGCAGGACUUGGACACCAAGUGUACAGCCUCGUGGUUGAGACACUCUGCAGGGAGCAAAAGAUAGAGAAACUCAGAGGCAACCACUGGAACAUGUUCUGAGAGUGUGUGAUUAAUACUCAGCAACCUCACUGAUAUUCAGCUGCGACAGCCAAACCACUGAUCCAGUCUUUAGCGGGACUUUGGUUGUAGUUUAACUUCGAUGAACUCACCUUUUUUUGGCAGCCAUCUGAGAUUUUUUUUCCCCCAGAAAAGCAAAUAUAUGAUUCAGUGCAUCUAUGUUUGUUUAAUGUCACAAUCUCCAAAUGUUUUAUUUCGCUCAUUCUAAAGUUUUUAAUGACCAGAUAAGUCACUUUUCCACUGUGGGAAAUGUUGAGUAAACUAUUUAGAGGACAAUCUUAACACUCAAAUAAAUAAUAAAACAGGGGAGAGUAAGUAUAAUGCAGUAAAUGGUAAUUGACAGAAUGACUUUGGACACAGCGCUGAUUUUGUUCACAAAGCAACAGUUUUUCUUUUUAAAUUACUGUCAGCUAACACUUCUGCUAAUUAACAGGAAAACUUAAUUUCCUCUCUUCCUCUAUGUAAAGUGCUAAAAUAAAAUCUAUUUUCAGAGUAGUUUUUAAAGCUUUA